GCGCUCACGGCGCUGCAACGUACAAGAUAUCUGAGAAAUCCAUCGUUCCUUUCUUCGAAUCGUCUCAGGAACAGUGACAGGUAUAACGCGCGGAUCCAAAGCUCGAGCAAGGAGCGAGAUGGGGUACAGGAACAAAGCAGAGAGUAAAGAACACAGUGGUCGUUAUGAGUUUGUGGUUGAGGUUGCUUGAGGAGUCGCUUGCUGGGGAGCUGUUGUUGCGCAACCUGCCAAGACGCUUUCGCUUGUUGGGGUGGAAACACCAACGUCAUCCCAAAAAUGUCUCAUACGAUGUUGAGGAUGUUUCCUUGUGUUGCGGACGGAAAGAACCUUUUGGAAAAGCUAGCAUAGAUCACACAGCAAUGAAUACUACACCUGCUCAGGGUCAAGCUACCUCUCGUCUUGGAUUCUGUUAUCAGAGAAUACAAGCCAAUCCUCAACCCUUGGAAAGGCUGGGUUUGAAUAUGUAUUACUGCAUCUACACCUCUACAUCGACCAAGUCGAAGCAUCAUCCCGCUACCACCAUGCAACCCACCGUAUCCACCAUUCCAUCCCCCAACCAAUCCCCAUUCGCCUACGCGAUGGGGAACCAACUGCCUCCUGUUUAUGCGAUGCAGGGACUCUGCAUGCCUCGCUGUCCUUCUUUCAAUCCAGCAAGAAAUGGUCUGGCUAAGUCUUCCUAGCGAGCGACCCGUACUUCCCAAGGGACCGGCGCAGUCAAUCCCGAGGGAAGGUCCCCACGGCUCCUUAUGCCGUCGGUAUCUCUUGAUUUGGUCUCC